UUCAAUAAUGUGAAAAUGAACCACCAGAAUGUUAUUCAGAAAGUGAAGGAUAAGGUGUUAGCUCUUCUGGCUGUUAACUUGAUUUCUGCUAAGAACUUUAAAAAUUGUUACUUUGUUGGUAAUUCUUUAGGCUUGAAGUUGGAGAGUGACCCUAAUUUUGCUAAUGUUAUUUAUUGGCAUAAACCUCCCAUUAAUUUCUUUAAGCUUAAUGUGGACGGCACUAGUACUGAUUGUAUUGUUGAUUGCGGUGGUGUCAUUAGGGAUUGUAAUGGUGGCCUAAUUGUUCUGGUCUUAUUCAAGGAAGCUACAAAAUUGGUCCAGCCCUUUACUAGAAGAGGGGGGUUUUCCUCGAUUUCUAAUAUCAAAUGGGAAGAUGUUGUUAGCCUUGAUUCAUUGAAGAAUGCGUUUAAUCGUUGCAUUAUUCAGCGCAUAAAGCAUCCAGAGGAUUAUGAGGAGCUUGGGGUGGACAUGGAGGUUGGUUUUAUUCUUCAUGGACCUCCCGGAUGUGGUAAAACAUUGAUUGCAAAGGCUCUAGUCAAUGAGGCUGGUGCCAACUUUAUACAUAUUAAGGUGGAUGCAUUAACAUGUAAGCGAGGAAGAGAGGGAGCAUCGGUUGUGGAACGGGCCCUGGAUCAGCUGCUCAUAGAAAUGGAUGGUGUUGAUUAGCGGCAUGGUGUUUAUAUCAUUGGAGCUACAAAUAGGUGUCCUUGCUUAUUAUUGCAGUUUAUUUGGUUUCAUUAAUGUUUCUUCUAUACUUCUACUUUUAAAUGAUAUGUCAGGCUUGAAGUGAUCGACCAUGUUGUUCUACGACCUGGUAGAUUUGGAAGGCUCUUUUAUGUUCCACUUUUGAGCACUGAUGAACGGGGUUUGAUUUUAAAAGCACUUGCUCACAAAAAGCCUAUUUCUCCAUGUUUUGAUUACAAUAUGCAAUAUAAGCAAGGACUAUUGUUUUUUGUGAGCAAGUGCUUUUAAAAUCAAACCCCGUUCAUCAGUGCUCAAAAGUGGAACAUAAAAGAGCCUUCCAAAUCUACCAGGUCGUAGAACAAUAGGGCCGAUCAAUUCAAGCCUGACAUAUCUUUUAUAAGUAGAAGUCUAGAAGAAACAUUAAUGGAGCCAAAUAAACUGCAAUAAUAAGCAAGGACUGAUGGGGACAUUAGUUUGUGGAAGGUUUAUCAAAGGCAUCACCACCGAUCUAAGUAACCACCUUAGAGGUGAUGGGUCUAAAAGUUGUUGAAUCCUUCCCAUUUUCUGGUUUUGCCAUAAGGCUGCUUUUACUUUCCUCUUAUUGUCUGCUUUACAUGAGAGCUUGCAAUUUUCCUUGGAAUUGCCAUGGAUUGGAUGUAAUAACUUGUUGCUUUCUUGUAUAUGGAGGGCUAUAGCUGUAAUAUAUGGCUCAGAGGAGCAAAAGAAACUUCUUUUAAGAAGUUAAGUAAUCUAUGUUUGGUUGAAUACUAGAUACAAUAGACAAAGUUAUGGAAUUGGUGGUUACAAUAACAGUGUCUGCUUUUACUUCUC